GUAGCUUACAGAGCUGUGUUGCGUGCGCCGCGUUUCAACUUUAGCAACUACUCCAUUUCAAGGAAUAACGCUCAUUAUGAGAACAACAAAGUGGGAUUGUACACAAUAGACUGAGAAAAGAGCAUAGAGGACACAAAUAUUGCAAGCUGAGGUGAUUAACAAGUUCAUUUGGAACCUAUAUAUUUGUUACCAGGGAAUCGUGCAGGAUGUCCGCUGCUUCAUUCGUAGGCUACACUGAGAAGAAUAAUUGAAUAGGAUUUUGUUUACUACCUUCUCAAUGACUUGUAUAACUGGAUUGAACAUAAUUUACACCGGGCAAUAAUAACCAGCUUCCUGGACUUUUUCUCCUCUGUUUCUGGAAGCGGAGGGACCAUGCUGUGGGACAAACUAUGGUGCCUGUCCACCUUGCUGGCCCUGUCGGCCGAAGCAUUGCCCACACUGCCCAUUGAGCCCCUCUCUGCCCCUCGGGUUUUUCUCUCCUUCAAAGAGCUGAGAUCUACUGGCACUGCCCACCACUUCUCCUUCCUGCUCAACUCAACAGACUACCGUAUCCUGCGUAUGGACGAGGACCACGACCGCAUGUACGUGGGCAGCAAGGACUACAUCCUGUCUCUGGACCUGCACGACAUCAACAAGGAGCCACUCAUAAUUCACUGGCCUGUGGCUCCUCAGAGGAAAACUGAGUGUGUUUUGUCUGGAAAGGAUAUCAACGGGGAAUGUGGGAACUUCAUCCGUCUGAUCGAGCCGUGGAACCGAACCCACCUGUACGUGUGUGGAACAGGGGCAUACAACCCCAUCUGCACCUACGUGGACCGCGGGCGCAGGUCCCAGGCCCUCUACCUGCAGGCACCCCAGUCCGGAGGGAGGACCAGCCGGGCGGCAGACUUCAGCACUACGGCAGGGCCUGUGGAGUCAAAGGAAUAUAUCUUCCGUUUAGAGCCAGGCAAAGUGGAUUCGGGGAAAGGCAAAUGUCCUUACGACCCUAAACUCAACAGCGUCUCAGCUUUGAUCAAUGGGGAGCUCUACGCUGGGGUCUACAUUGACUUCAUGGGGACAGAUGCGUCCAUCUUCCGUACUCUAGGGAAACAGACUGCCAUGAGGACGGAUCAAUACAACUCCAAAUGGUUAAAUGAUCCCAUAUUCAUCAAGGCACACCUCAUCCCAGACAGUGCUGAGAAGAAUGAUGACAAGCUGUACUUCUUCUUCCGGGAGAAGGCUUCAGAGAUGGGCCAGAGUCCCAUGGCCCAGUCCAGGAUAGGCAGGAUCUGUCUGAAUGAUGAUGGUGGACACUGCUGUCUGGUCAACAAGUGGAGCACUUUCCUGAAGGCCAGACUCAUCUGCUCUGUGCCUGGGGUGGACGGCAUAGAGACCCACUUCGAUGAACUCCGGGACGUGUACAUCCAGCCAACUCAAGACACAAAGAAUCCUGUCAUCUACGGAGUGUUCUCAGUUUCAGGAUCCGUGUUUAAGGGCUCAGCAGUGUGUGUCUACUCCAUGGCUGACAUCCGUCAGGUCUUUAAUGGACCCUAUGCUCACAAGGAGGGGCCCAACUACCAGUGGAUGGCCUACACUGGGAAGAUCCCCUACCCUCGGCCUGGGACGUGUCCCGGAGGUACGUUCACCCCCAACAUGAAGUCCACUAAGGAUUACCCAGACGAGGUGAUUAACUUCAUGCGGAACCACCCCACCAUGUACAACACUGUGUACCCAAUACACAAGCGCCCCCUGGUGGUCCGGAACAACGUGGACUAUGAGUUUACCACCAUCACCGUGGACCAGGUGGCUGCUGCCGAUGGGAGCUAUGAGGUCCUAUUCCUGGGGACAGACAGGGGGACGGUUCAGAAGGUAAUUGUCCUGCCCAGAGAUGACCUGCAGACUGAAGAGCUGGUGCUAGAGGAGGUGGAGGUGUUCAGGGUGCCAACUCCCAUAACCACCAUGAAGAUUUCCUCCAAAAGGCAACAGCUGUAUGUGGGCUCAGUGUUGGGUGUGACCCACCUGGCCCUCCAUCGCUGUGACGUGUACGGUGAGGUGUGUGCUGACUGCUGCCUGGCCCGGGACCCCUACUGCGCCUGGGACGGAAAGUCCUGUACCCGCUACUCCGCCUCGCAGAAGAGAUCUGACCCCUCUAGGCGCAGCCGUCGACAGGAUGUAAAGUAUGGCAACCCAAUCCGCCAGUGCAGAGGCUAUAACUCCAAUGCCAAUAAGAACACGCUGGAGAUGGUGCAGUAUGGGGUGGAGGGCAGCACUACGUUCCUGGAGUGUCAGGCCAGGUCCCCUCAUGUGUCUCUCAAAUGGCACCUGCAGAGGGAGAACAGCGACAGGAAGAAAGAGAUCCGCUCUGAGGGCCGGACACUAAAGACAGAGCAGGGUUUGCUGCUGCGUUCCCUCCAGUCAUCAGACAGCGGCGUCUACCAGUGCACAGCCACAGAGAAGAACUUCAAACACACGCUGGUCAAGCUACAGCUGGUGGUCCUGUCCAGCCGCACGGUCAACAGCAUCCUGGUAGAGACAGGCAGCCCAGCCCUGCCACACCUCCAGACCAGCCCUUGGACCCCCAGUGCGGGUCAGUACAAGGACCUGCUGACCAUCCUGAGCCAGCCAGAGAUGGGCCUGAUCAACCAGUACUGUCAAGACUACUGGCAGCUGGGAGAGGGCAGUCCGGGGGACCCCAUGCUGGCCGUUGGCAAGGCCAAGGAACUGAAGGAGCUGAAAGAGCAGAAGAAGCCCCGCAACCGCCGGCAUCAUGACGAUGAGGAUGAGCGUGAGGACGAUGACGAUGAGCACACCACCCCAGCCGAAACAUGAGGCCGUAGGCUUAUACCACAGGCCACACACUACCCCAACACCCGACCCCCGACCCCUUGUCCCAUCUGCUCUCUCCCUCUCUGCACAACCCUCCAGAAAUGGGAAAGACUUCAAUCAAAGGAUUAAAAAAAGUAAUGAUCAAUAGCGAUAAGAAAGAGAAACCACUACAAGCAAACAACAAACAGGUUCUUCUUAACUGUUAAAAAGAUACACAGUAUUUAUUGUAGGUUGUACAUAGUAAGAUUCUGUGGAUUUCUUUGUACUUAAAUAGAAAACAAGGCUUUUUUGUGCAAAUCUGUGCAAAUCUGAUUGUUAUUAUAAUGAUAUUAUUGUUGGUAGUGUUAUUGUUUAUUACAAAUGGUGUUAUUACAUUGCAAAAAAUCUUUAUGUUCUGUAUUUUGGAUGAAGCACAGCAACACAUCGAAAGGACAUUUGAAAGUGUAAAUAUCUACAGCUGAAUGGACUGAUAAGAAUGUUUUCAAAAAGAUUUUGUUAAUUUGGCUCCGUGUUGGAUCAUUCCACUGCUGGCAGUAUGCAGUCUGAGGUGGGAGGAGUCAGAUCACUGAUGUGUGAUGAACCUCCCCCAAAGACAUGAUGGACAGUUGAUUCCCACAGCCAAUGAACUAUAAGGAUGUCACUUCAAGGCACUUCAUUGGACACACAGAUAGAUGAGAAAAUGCCGAUACGAGGCUGCAGCUUUGAGUUUGUCCCACGGCCACAGACAGACACGAGAGUGAAAGGCCUUGUGGGAAAUGAUGCCCUCCUCUUCCUUAGCCAGCCUAACUGACCUAACAGGGGUGAAACAAGACUUGACCCCAAAUUCCCUAAAGUAUUUUCUACUCUUCCAGAAGCUGAUGAGGGGUGCCUGUGUGUUCUGUGGUCCAAUCUGGCUUUCUUUCAAACCCAUUUGUUAUAUUUACAUUGAUAUUGCCAGUCUCUUCCAGAACUAGUUGCUGUGGACUUUUUGUGUGUAUAUGUAGUAUAUGUAAAUAUGACAUCUCAAUGUUGUACCCUUGAGGCUGUGAUAGUUAAAAUAAGCGCUUUGGGGGAUGGGAUAGAAAUCACAUUGACUUUUCUUUGUACACCAUUGUUCAAUUGAGAUUAGAGUUUCAAGCAGGCCGCUACAUAAUUUGUGACAAUUUGAUUUUGCACAAUUACUACAAGAGAUAAAGAAAUCUCUUAGUCUCCAAACUAAUCCAUAAGUAUACUGGUUUGCAUUCCAGCCUAUACCUAUUCUCCUUAUGAGGUCAGUUGUUUCAUAUGAAUUGUGCUAAACAUUUCUAAACUCCUCCAAUCCUGCCAUGUAGUCUCCAAUAUCGCAGCUCUCCUUGUAAUAUAUAUACCCUUAGUCCACAUUGUUUUACGUCAGAUAGCGCAACAAUUUUGCCUUCACUGAUUGGCAGUUGAGGGACGAGCGUAGGAGUGACGCCACCUGACGUAAGACAAUGGUUAGUCCAUGGAAGUCACUAAAGGGAAAGUGUGCAAAGACUGUUUUAAAAAUGAAAGUGUAACAUGUUGGAGAGGGUUACUAUAGGUUUGUCAGAGCUGUUGUCCAUCUCCUACAGAAGGUAAAUGUUACACAACUCUCACUAAAGAGUUUAUUCAACUUCUCUGAUCAGCCGUUGUUUAUGGUAUUCUGCAUGAAAAUGACUCCGUCUCCAUGUACAACUCUAUGUAUAUAGCUACAGCCACUAGAAUGAUCUGCUCUUGACCACAGGAAAACACAUACCAAACUCUUUGGGACGGUGGCUUUUCAUUGUGUGCAUGAAAUGUAUUAUGUACUGUAUAUGAUAUUCGUCCAAAAUGCUAUGCUGUGGAUGUCAGUGGAUGGAAAGGCAGAUGGAGUCAUACCCUAGUGGGGGAAUAUUCAACACACAGAGGCCCCUUUGUCUCUUUAGCUCUCCUUCUCUCUCUCUCUCUUUACCUCUGUCCUCUCUCUUUCUCUAUUUACCUCUCUCGUCUCUCUUUCUCUCUUUACCUCUCUCCUCUCUCUUUCUCUAUUUACCUCUCUCUUUCUCUCGUUCUCUUCCUUUCACUCUUCCUUUUCCUUUCGCUCUUCUUCUCUCUCUCAUCCUCUCUCUCUCUCUCUCGCUCCCUCUUUCUUUCCAAAAAGUUUUUUGUUGUUGUUGCAUAUUUCAAAUAUAUGCAUCUUUGGCAAAUUUUUGGUAUGGGUUAUUUAGGAAAAAUCACUUAGUAUGACAUAAAGCACAGUUGAUGUUAUUGUAAUGAUUUGUGUAAACAACUAUUUCUCCUUUCUCAUUGAUGUUGCUGACUAAUAAAUUAAAGCUCUAUAUUUUAUAAAAACAGAAAUCAUUUUUAUAUUCAUAUGGUGCAUGGAUAACGAUACUGGACAAAAAUAUAAAUGCAACGUGCAACAAUUUCUAAGAUUUUACUGAGUUACAGUUCAUAUAAAGAAAUCAGUCAAUUAAAAUAAAUUCCUUAGGCCUUAGUCUAUG